AUGUAUAAAUCCAGGGAAGUCCUAACUAGCAGGAAUUCUAAAUCAACUAUCCGUUCUGUAAAGCUUGAUAACUUCAAAAAGCCAUCAAUUUCUAUAAGCCCUCUUAAUUACUCUCCAGAGCCAGGAUUUAUCAAUUGUCAAAACAAGCUGCAUGAUGAAGUCGACAAAUUAGCUCAGAAAAUCAGACAAAAUCGAAGAAAACUUCUAAAAAGAGAUUUAAGCUCUCACAAAGGAAGAGCCAAGCAAGAUUUUUUAACGUUUGAAGACCAAAAUAUGCCAUACCAGCUUGCAAUGAUGAACCAUUAUAGGAGAGAAAUUGUAAACGAGCUUAUCCAUUUUAAGCACAGAGACUUGACCCCUGAAAAAUUAGAAGAAUUAAGAGAAUCAUUAACUCCUACAAUUGUGCAUCAAAUGAACGAAGAAAGUAAAAUUUAAGUAGAGAGGUUGCAUCAAGGCGAAAGAUUUAGACAAGAAAUUUUGAGCAGGUCUCCUCACAGUAAUGCAAUUUAUUCUUUGGCUGCUUUACCGAAGCUAUCCAAACACAAAGUUAUAAAAUCGCUUGAAAGGAUUAUACCUGACUCUUCAAGGUUUAAAAUAGAGUAG